UGUAAAGAUGGAGAACUACAUCUUAUAUGACGAAGUUGGAAAGGGAAGCAAGUCUGUAGUGUACAAAGGUAGAAGAAAAGGCAUGAUCAGUUUUGUUGCUAUACUCUGCAUAGACAAAAGACAAAGAGCAGAAAUUACAAACUGGGUCCGUCUGACUCACCAUGUUAAGCACAAAAAUGUAGCAACGUUUUAUGAAUGGUAUGAGACGAGUAAUCAUCUGUGGCUUGUUGUUGAGCUAUGCACAGGAGGCUCCCUGGAGACUGUCAUUGCACAGGAUGAACACUUGCCUGAAGACAAAAUAAGAGGAUUUGGUGUUGAUAUCAUUUCUGGUCUUCAUUAUAUCCAUGAGCUUGGAAUUCUCUUCUGUGAUCUGACUCCCCGGAGGAUUCUGCUUGAUGGACCGGGCACUUUAAAGUUAACAAAUUUCAGUUUUUCUAAAGCUGAAGGAGAAAACCUAGAAGAAUUCUUUGCCAUGGUCGGAUCGGAGGAGAAUACUGGAGAUACAGGAGAUUCUACACCACGACGUAACCUGAAAAACCGCAUAAAAGGAUCACCAGUUUAUGCUGCUCCAGAAGUAAUCAGAGGAGCAGAUUUCUCAGUUUCUAGUGAUCUUUGGUCUUUGGGAUGUGUGUUAUAUGAAAUGUUUGCUGGCCAACCCCCAUUUUUCUCCGAAAGUUUCUCAGAAUUGACAGAGAUGAUUGUGAAUAAGGACUUUCCUCCACCCCUGGGUAAAGGCAUGUCAUCUGCUAAGCCAUCUUCUGAGUUCCAAUCAUUACUUAAUGGUUUGCUACAGAAGGACCCAUUAAAAAGGAUUACAUGGCCUGAGUUAUUGCGCCAUUAUUUUUGGAAAGAUGCAUUUUCUGGAGGUUUUCAGCUGGACCAAACUAUCAGCACCCUUGGGAUGAACUGUGAAGGUGUGGAUAGCCCAUCCAAAGAGCAGCCUGAAAGCUCUAGCAGUACAUACAAGUCCUUUAAGAUUGAUAAUCCAGAAGAUCUCAGACCCAAAAGUGGCCUAGGUGGAGAGGCUAAUGAAUCCAUUUUCUCACUCAGCUCUUACACCACCCCAAGACCAAGUACUGCUACAGGUAAAGGCAAGAAGGUACCAGAUCCUAUGCCGGUCUUAGUGCAGGAGGCUGUUGAAAGUCCAAAGGUGGACAAUGUAUGUUCCAGUCGGCAGGACCUUGAGAAGAAGAUUAAGAGCCUUAUUUUCACAGAUUCUGAUCUCACUGUGUCACCUAUCAUAGACAAUCCAAAGAUAAUUAAGCCAGCGCCGGUAAGAUUUGAUGGGAAGACUUUGGGCUUUCCUGCACAUUCAGGUGAAAAACUUGCUUCACUGAAAGAACCUGAUUGGAACAACUUUUUGACACAGCUCUGCUCUUUGCUGAAUUCUCCAGAGAAAGUGCUACCACGAGUAAAGCUGAACAUCCUCUGCUAUCUAUGUACAGUGUCGGCACAUAAGGAAGUGGCCACUAGGAUGAUCAACUCCCAGAUUUUUUCAUCUCUUAUACAACAGUUAAGGGGAGCGGCGAACUGGGAUAUACGCGCAAAGGUGGUAAGAGUCAUCGGGUUAUUGGCUGCACAUACAUCAGAGCUUAAAGAAGAUGUUCCUGUUAUAGAGGCAAUCACCUUACUGACUGAGCUGAUUAGAGACAAUUUCAGGAACAGCAAGUUAAAACAAUGCCUCUUGCCUUCUCUCGGAGAGCUUUUGUAUACUAUUGCCGUUCAAGAAGAAAAAAAAGAUCACCCCAGAGAGAUCUGGACGGUUCCCUUGGCUGCUUACACUGUGCUAAUGAGGUGCCUUCGGGAAGGGGAAGAGCCAAUCACUCAUCAUGUGACUGCCAAAAUAAUUGAAAAUGUCUGCACAACGAUCACUUCGCAUGUCCAAGGAUUCAUCACUGGAGAGAUUGGACCUGCACUGUGGUAUCUCUUUACCCAUUCGACUGUCGAUUCUCUUAGGAUCACAGCAAUAUCGGCUCUUUGCAGGAUCACUCAUCAUGCCCCUACGGUCUUCCAGAGUGUCAUUGAGAAAGUGGGACUUGUGUUGGUGAUCAACACUUUGGUGACAGGAAUUGGCAAAGUACAGCAGUACAUGCUGACCAUGUUUGCUACAAUGUUGUCAUCUGGAAUUCAUCUCCAAAGACUCACGCAGGAAAAGGUUUUUGUUACAAAGAUAGUUCGUCUUCUAGAAAGCCCUUCCACAACAAUUCGAGCCAAAGCUUUCCUGGUCAUUUUGCAAGUUUUAAUUAACAACAAAGAGAUGUUACUGCUGUGCUGCCAAACCAGACUUGUGAUGUAUAUUGAAAGAGAUAGCCGAAAAACCACACCAGUGAAGGAGCAGCAAAGCAUCAACGAAUACCUGUCAGUUUGUCUGGACCUCCUCAUCCAUCACAUAGUACAGGAGCUGCCAGGAACUCUGGGUGAUAUUCUCAAUGCCUUGUCUAAUGUAUCAGGACGUAAACACCCAUCAACUAUUCAGGCUAAGCAGCUGAAAAUGUGUCUUCCUAACAUGGCAAUUAUACAGCAUCUUGUCACAUCUCAGGUUUUCCGCUCCCAAGUCAUAACCAAGGAAUUUCUGUUUAACUUUGGUAAAUUGCUGAACCAAAUUAAUUCUGUGGAUACUGGUGAGACUAAUUUGGAAGGAGCAGUGGGUCAAGCUGCAUCAGAUGAACUGAUCAGGACAGCUCUAUCAGCGUUUGAAGCUGUAACACAGCAUCCAGUCUUGUUGACACAUCACCACUCCCAAGUUGUGGAUGCUAUCCUCCCACCUUUAGUCUCCUUGGUGUGCAGCCAAAAUGUGGAAUGGAGACUUUUCAGUUUGCGGCUGCUUGCAGAAACCACAUCACUACUUGUUAACCAUGAAGCUGUGGCUGAGGGGAGAAAGGAAGGCCUCCAGUCAAACAGCACAUUUAUGUCUCUGGUCAGAAACUCAUUACUUCCACAGUAUGACAGAAUCCUUCUGGAACCUGACCCAGUUCCUGUGUAUGCUCUAAAAUUGUUGGUGCCUUUGACUGAAUACAAUCCUGCCUCUAUCGGGGACAUUGAAGAUGGCAACUUGGUACCCAUCCUUUUCCAGUUGAUUUUGACACAUCAGGAUAACCUGCUGGGAAACGUAAUUCAAAAUGUCAUCUCUUUGUUAUACAACCUGGUGGCACACAAAGGCACAAAUAUGAAGCUGCUGUAUGAACAAGGUGAGUAAAAUAAAUUGUUUUUACUGAAUGUGGAAAAAGCAGCUCUGUAUCUUGAGGUUGAUGACAAAAUUCGCCUGAAAACUGCCAAUGCACAGCUUCUCCUGUUGCUUGACAUUUUGCACUGCAUGCUAAAAUACACAUCUGGUGUGGUACGACUGGUCAUUCAGGCUCAGAAGAGUGGCCAAGGAGGAGACGCUCAGGCAGCUGAAGAACUUCUGCUGGUCAAUAAGUCUCUGACAGACAUAAUUAGUUUGCUCAUCCAGCUGCUACCCUCAGAAGAAACUGAAAUCUUUGAAAACUCAUCCCAGUGCUUGUCACUGAUGGUCCAGUUGUAUGGUGGAGACAGCCAGGACAGUAUGACCACAGAUAACAUGGAGAGCUUUGCUCAGGUUCUGCUGGCAAGAAGAGAACCAAAGCAUCGGAAGUUAUUGCUGAGAGUAAUUAAAAGAUUGAUAACAUCAAACGAGAAACAUUUACACAGUCUGAAGAAUGAUGGGGAUCUUCUUAUCCACACUCUGGAGAGACUUGCUCAGGAUUCAAGCUUGAACACAGAUGUCUCUUCCAUGAUCGUGGAGAUUCUCAAUCUAGUUGGAAGUCAAUAGACUUAGAUGCUCGGCAACCACAAUCCAAGUGCUGCAGAUUCCAAAUGAUGUAAAAUAGUCAUUAUUAGAAAAUACUAGAAGU